ACAUAUUUUGAAUAAACUUGUUCAAACAAUUUAAUGUACAGUGGAACCCCGAGUUUUGAACGCAUCGACUGUCAAAUGCUUCAAGUUUCAACUGCUUUUUUUGCACCAAUUUUGUCCCAGGUAUUGAAUGUGCCCUGUGUUUCGAACCGCAUACCCGACUUGUCUGCAUCCCCCGCGCAGGCAUUGUGAGCCAGUCUGGCUUUGCUUAUGCUUGAGUGAACAUUAGCUUGUGUGCUCAUUUAAACAUUUCACAAUUAAUUCAUUAUGUUUGGUGCUUGUUUAUUAAGUGCGACUGAAAUAAGCUACCAUGGUGGUGGUAAUGGAUGGUGGUGGUGGGUGAUGGUGGGGUGGGUGGUGGUGGAUGGUAUUGGUGGAUGGUGGUGUAUAGUGGUGGAUGGUGCCUUCUUCAGAGAUUAAGGAGAUUUGUGCAAUGUGGAAUAGGGCAUUUGCUGAAAAAUAUCACCCUGAGCAAGCUGAAACAAGCCAUCUCUGCAACAAGUUCAGUGACAGAACCAUGUCCCAUUUUAGGGAAAUCUUAAAGAAGGGAAGUAACCUCAGAUUAUCUGGGGUUACUAAAGUCUUUAUGGAAGGGGAUUCCCCUUCCAAACAAUAAGUGCUCCCUCAUUCCUCCCUAUCUUCCAGAUGCCAUCAACAAUCUUCAGUAAAGAUAAGACGUGAAGUGGGAGCCAGAACAUUCACAGGUAUAAAUACCAAGUUGAGAGAAGAGAGCUUACACUGGCAGAUGCAUGAGAAUAUCAGAAUCUUCUUUCAAAAGUAACACAAGUUUAAAUCACAAUUCUGAGGCAGUUCCUGAGAAUAUCUUAAUUCAGUAAUCAAACUAAAAUUUUGUGUUGCAUAUUAAGUACGGUACAUAAUCAUAAAAUUAGUGAUAAACCUUGCAACAAGUGUGCAAAAAAAAUCAUAAUACAUGAUUGUAGUGCAGUGGCUAAGGUGGCAGACAGGUAAUCCCAGACUGUAAGUUUGAAUCCUGAUCACUCUGUUGAAAUCUUAAACAUUUAUAAAUACAUAUGGAAAAUAAAGAUUCAGUGUUGUUUGAGAUAUAGGCAUGUCGGCAAAUAUUUUGAAGUGCUUCCAUUGUCCUGACUGCAGUAAGGAAUUUAGUAAAGAAAAGACAUUGAUAAAACAUUUUAAAGUGCACAGCUCAGGAAAGUCCUAUAGAUGUAAAAUAUGUUAUAAUGUAUAUCCAAGCAAGAGACAGUACAAUGAUCACAAAAAAACACACUUAGAAAAGGAAUACAGUAGCUGUGUCGAAUGUGAAAAGAAAGUUCUCAAAACAUUAUUACAUAGAAAAUGUUGUGAAGAAUGCUUUUUUAAACCUAAAAAGUACUUGUGUGAAAAAUGUGGUAAAUCAUAUGAUUCCCUGGUGGGAGUAAGAAUUCACAUAAAAAAGGGAAAGCAUUCUACCCUGUUUUUACAAUGCUUUAUAUGUGCUUUGACAUUCCAUUCGAAUAUGGCAUUGUUUUUACAUGUGAGUCAACAUUCAGAAUAUAAUGUAAAAAUAGUUGGGGCAUCUGAACAAAGCUGCUUUGGAAAUGAUUGCUCAAAACCAGGAAAUCUAGAGUUCAGUAACACAUCAUUACAUUUCAAGGUGACUAACCUCUCUAUGAUGGUAUUCAAGAAUCAUAAAGAAGUAAAUGAAGAUGCCAAUAGAGAAAGUUCACAGGCUAGCACAAGUGAAGAGAAAAAAGUACUGCAAGGUAUGAACAGAGCAAUCAGUGAACAUUAUAAAAGUAAACAAGUUAUGCCAGAGAUGAAUAGUAUGCUACAGGCAGAGAGAAUGCAGGAACUGGGAGGUCUGACACUUCAAGGCAACACAGUACAGCAGGCUAUUACACCUAAUAAUACAAUCUUAGAUUCAUAUGUUGUUUUGCCACAGCAACAGGGCAUGGCACAAGAGAGGAUAAGGAACAAGGUGUCACUGCCUAAAGACAGUAGUGCUUCAAAUAAUUCUACUCAGUUACAGAGUAUAAUGGGAUUUGAUUAUGCAAACCCCCAGGAAAGGAAAGUCCCACAGGAUGAAAUAUCAACAUUGGGGAGUGAAAAAUAUGGGAAUGACCAGAAAAGUGUUAUGGCUCCACAGAAAAUUAACUCUGUACAGUAUGAGUUACCAAACUGCAAAAGGGUUUUGCAGGAAGGUGGAACAAUUUCUCUAGGAGCUUCAGUAGCUCUACAGGUUCAUGACAAACCACAACCUAACAAAGACACACCUAGAAUACCAAAUCAAGAAUGUUUAUUAUAUGAGAAAAUGUUUGGAAGUGAACUGAAUAUGGGAAGGUACACACAGUUGCACAACAAAAUAAAUAAUCAAGCUGGAAGUCAGGAUUUAAUGACAUUGCAUCAUGCAUGGCCAAAUGGUUACUGUGAUGUGUUACUGAAUGGACUACUUGCAGAAAAUGUACAGUUGCAUGAAAAAAUAAAAAGUUCCAAUCCAGUAGCAGAACAAGAUAAAAAUACUGAAGAACACCUCUUACUGGACUGUGAAGUGACCAAGAGUAAUGAACUUGGAAUACACAUGAAAGAUAUUGGAGAAAAAGAGGAAGUGCUGAUUUUCAAUGUAAGGGAUAAGCUGGAGAAGAGCAUGCAGGACAGACACUUUAAACAAGGAAAUAAACAGCAGCUACUUUAUAAAGAAGAUUUGCAGUGUAAGUUUGAACCUCACCAUGGCCAGACAAUUCAAGCAAAAACUGCAUUUCCAGUUGAGGAUGACAGACUGGUGCACCAUAACAAAUUGACAACAAAUGGGACAAAAGAUACAAAUAAGGUAUUUGGUCUAAACAAGCGAGAUAAUUUACAAUUAAUAAAUGAUAUGAAAAAUGAAACUUUAUUAAUGUACAAGUUGUGGCUCGAACGUAAAAAGAAACAGAGUGUAACCGAUGAUAUUGAAAGCAAGAAAAAAGACAGUGAUAAUUGUCUGGAAAUGCUUAGUUCAGAACAUUCAGAAAAUAAGCUGAAAUUAAGCUUUAGUCCAAAACAAAAUAUGUUAACUAAUUCUCAUCAUUUUGAUAUUCGAAGUACUUUUCAUGUUGGAAACCAGCAUACAGAAAAUGAAAAUGUAAUUUUCAGUGAAACUGAGAGACAUAUAAUUGAUCAGUUUGAUGAAAAGUGGGCAACUGUUCCUCUACAAAAUUCCAUUGUUACAGGUGGUGUUAAUGUUGAAGAUUAUAUCAACCAUCUCAUGUGGCACUGAAUUUAGUACUGUACUUGUUGUUAAAUGUGCAUUAAUUUUUUACAAAUACCAACAGGCCAACCAUACCUGAAUAAAUUUAAAUGCAACUUUUGAUAUAAUUACUUCCAUUGAAAGUACCUCCUCCCCUUCCUUGGAUCAAACCUAAAUGCCUCUCAUUUCCUAGGUGCUAUAUAACCCCUAUGGGUUUAGCAUUUUCCCAUGAUUAAAAAAAAUAAUUUAGUGUCUCCAAGUAUAAGUCAAUAAUACUGUCUGUCAUUCUUAUGGAUUAUAAUAUUACCUUGCUGUCUCCACCUUACCUGAUGUUUUUGUUACUAUUCACUUGUAAGAAAUCAGAAUCUAGUUUUGAUUCCUGCACUUUCUAUUAACUCAUUGUUGCUAUCAAGAUUUUGCCACCAAAGAUGUUUAUAGCUUUAUAUGUUUGGGUUAGAUCAUGAGGUUAGCUUCAGGUCAGGCUGCAAGAACAAAAUAACUCCUGGACUAGUCAAAAGAAAUAUUUAAUUGUGUUAGUAAGAGGUUUCAAGCCGAGAUGAAAUUGAAAGGGAGACUGACAGAAUUUUCAGGCUUAAUAAUAAUAAUAAUAGUAAUAAUAAUAUCUUUAUUUCUACAUGUACAAGGUAUACAGGCCUAGCUGACAUCAAUGACAUACUACCGUAUAGAAGGCCACUUGUUAUGCAGAGCAUUUCAGGCAAAUUUGGUCAAUCUUGUCCCAGGAUGCAACCCACACCAGUCGACUAGCACCCAGGUACCCAUUUUACUGAUGGGUGAACAUGGACAACCGGUGUAAGGAAACACGCCCAUUGUUUUCACCCUUGCAGGGAACUGAACCUGGACCCUCAGCAUGUGAAGUGAGAGCUUUUGCCACCAGGCCAUGGGCCACCAUAUGUAGCUAAAAGUUGAGGGUGUCAGCUGACAUAUUUGAAGAGGAGCAAGUCAUUAUGAGAUAAUGACUUGGCUGUAGGCCUGUUUUGAAGUUUAAAGUGAUCCUUGAAACAAGUGAUACCCAAGUUUAAUGGUGGGAUUUACAGGUGAAAUCCACCUCAAGGUCUCUUAAUGCUAGCGAGGGGCAUUUAUUAUUAUAAUCAAGGGGAAGCGCUAAACCCGGAGGAUUAUACAGCGCCUGGGGGGGGAUGUGGAAGGCAUUCAGGCUUAAUUCGGGGAACUGGAGCACAGAUCCAAUUCCCUAAAUCAAGAGCCCCUCACCAACAUCUAGCGAGGGGCAGUUGACCCAAGGAAUUGGGCCUAUCCUUCCCUGCCUUGGAUCAAACCUGAAUGCCUCCAAUUACCCCAAGUGCUGUAUGACCCCACUUGGUUUAGCACUCCCCCCAUUACGAGUGAGCUCAAGAGGGUUAGGGAAAAUGUAAGACUUGGAUUAUAUAAUGAAAAGUAUACCAUAAUAUUUUGGCAUUUCUAUAUUUGUAUUGUAAGUGUUGUAUACAGAAGGUACAUAUUUAAAUUAAUAAUUACUAUAAUGUGAAUAGUUGAUGUUCAAAUAUUGAAUUAUUAUUUUCACAGAAGACUAAAAUUGAAUAGGUGGUGUAACAACUUGGUAUCAUGUACAAACUUAUCUGAAUAUUAUGCCUUUAUUUAGGCCUGUGAUAUCCUCAUUAUUUUUCUGAGGUUCAUGGAUAUGGAUAAACAAGUACAAAAUAUUUUGGAGGGAAUUACACAUAGGAACUUAAAAAAAAUAUGAAUUUUUCUUAUGGCAUCUAUUUGCAAAUAUAAGGAAUAAUAUUCUCUGAACAUGAAAAAGGUUAUUUUGUAAUCAAUAAUUUUGGUAUGAAUUUUUUUUUUUUUUCAACAAGUUAGCUGUCUCCCACCGAGGCAGGGUGACCCUCAGCAUUUCUUUUGUUUUUGUAAAAACACAAGACACAUGUAUCAGUUUUGCUCUUUUGAUAAAUAUCUUUAAUUUAAGAAUAUUACUACACCAAUUUAUAUUUUUUUUAAUAAGAUUUUCCUGGUCUACUCCAUUUUCAUCUGUAAUUUAUUUUUGAGUUUUAUCAGACAUAGAUACAUGCAUAUGAUAAAAACUAAAAUAUAAUACAGUAAGCCCUCAAUAUAACACUUAGAAUUAUGAGCAAAAUCCACUGGUUAACUUAUAUUUUUAAUUGCUUUAUUUCCAAUGUUUAUUGCAGUAUAUCUCUGAAUUUUAUGUUCGGUACUGCUUCCUUCCCUACCCUGCAGCGCUGUAUAGCCCUUGUGGCUUAGCGCUUCUUUUUGAUUAUAAUAAUAAAUAAUAUGUUCAGUACUAUUAAGUAUACAGUUAACACUUUCAGGGUCCGUCCCGUAGAUCUACGGCUUUACGUUCAGGGUCCAAACCGUAGAUCUACGCCAUGAGCUCAGCUCAUUCUGAUAAACUGUGAGUGGUACAUUUGGGCCCAGAUACGAGAGAAUACAUCUAUGUGGUAUGUGUGCACCACAUAAAACAAAUCCUGCAACACACUGUAUAUAAUGAGAAAAAAAAACUGAGACCAUGAUUUUCGAUUAAAACAACGACUUUGCAGUGUUUUUUCGUAUGUUUUUUAUAAUUGUAUUUGCGAUUUCUUGGUCUCAUUUGAUAGAAUGGAAGACGUACUACAGAAAUAGAGAUGAUUUUGAUUGGUUUUUGCAAUGGAAAUGGCUUGAAGCUUAGCUCAAAAUAGCGGAAAUGUUAAAAUUUUGCCGAUGUUCAAGAGUAAACAAACGACCUCACACAUCUAAUACACGCCAGCUGGUGGGUCUAAUAUACAUUCACAAAUGUGGUGAUGAUAUUUAUACAAUUAUUACAAUAUUGCAUAACAGUAAAUCUUCUAUUUUUUGGUGUGAAUAAAAAUUCAUUAUGUGAAUAAAAAAUCAAAAUGGAAUUUAUUUGUAAAGCCUCAAAAUGUAACUAAUGAACAGAGGAAAUGUUAGUUUAGUGCCAGGAAUACCUACAUUGUUUAUGCUGGACCCUAUUUUGAAACUGGAAUAUUUUGAACUUUGUGUUAAAUUGGCCAAAUUACCAAUUUCCGAUCACUUUAUUUUGUAGUUGAAACAGUUGACUUGGCGAUUUCUUGAGCUCAAUCGAUAGAAUAGAAUAAUACUAGUGAAAUAGCUAAGAAUUUGGUCGACUGGAAUAAUAUAAUUGGCCUAAAAUGGGAGUCAAAGUCGGCAAAAUAGCCGAUUCGUAAAUAUCGCUGACACAUCAAAAUUCGCGAAAGCAUAAUUUUGUAAAUUUUCCAUCAAAUUUCGUACUUUUUGUUUUAUUACCUUCACAAAAAGAUUCUCUACCAUUUCAUAAGAAAAAAUAAAAA